CUCUUUUUCAGGCUAGUUUCCAUUUAAAUGUCUGCAAAGGCAGCCUCCUGCUGUUGCUUAUUUUGUGGCUGGUGGGAGGUCUCUUUCUCCCUGCGUCUUCAGGAUGGGGCAUUUCAGCAACUAGACACCAGAAAGCCACUUUCUGGCUUUCCUCUGCUGAUUAUGUUUGUGCUUCCCUUUGGGGAGAAUGCCUCUUACCUUGCAGCCUAAUAAUAGCAGCUGGCUAAGCCUGGACGAGUGGUUUUAGGUGGCACUGGGAGGAAAGCCUGAUGAGGAGAAGCAGAGAGAGGGAGAAUUCAGACUGUGGUCACCAGCCUGAUACAACCCCUUCUCCUAGGAGGGGCAGGAACCUUGGAGGGCUGGGUCACUCCUUGUAGGUGCCCCCCAACAAGAUGUUCCUGUAAGGUCUCUGAAUGACCCAAGAGCAGAGGUUUAGGAUAUGAGGAGAUUAGAUGAUGACCAGGAGUGACAAAGUUCUCCGAUGUCUGCUCUGCUAAUGGUUUGGGCUGUGCUUCUGCACUUGGGGAUUGAGCAGACCCUGGCCAGAGGAGGAAAGUCAUGGGAGCACUGCACAGAUCUGCGUCCUUUGGAUAUUCUCUCCGAAGUGGUUCCUGUGAAUGGGGUGAAGAGUGGGAUACGGAUGAUCCAGAUCCAAGGAGCACGUGGCUUCCAGUUCUCUGCAAUGCGCCCUCGCUUUCUCAGUUUUCCAGCAUCACGGAUUUUCAUAUACUGUGACAUCUUCCCAGAGGAAUUCUCCAUUGUGGUCACCCUAAAAGCUUUCCCCAUGCAGUCCAAGAGAAACGAGUACAUCUUUACAGUUUUGGAGGAAAACAGUGACACUCUGCUGCUUGGACUCCGAUAUUCGAGGAAUAAAAUUCACUUCAUCUUCUGGAGCAGAGAGCUUUCCAAUGGCUGGCAGACACGGGUCACCUUCCGGGACAUAUUUUUGGCAGACAAUCAGUGGCACACACUGGUACUGGCAGUAACUAAAGGCUCCUUCUCUCUCACUGUGGACUGCAGCAUCCCCACAGAUGUGAUUACAGAUGCUGUUUUCCCCACAUCUUUGACUGUGACAGGAUCCCGGUUUUAUGUAGGGAGCAGAAGGAGAAGAAAAGGUUUCUUCACUGGCUUGCUAAGGCAGCUGGUCCUGUUGCCAGGAUCUGAUGCUACCUCAAGGAUGUGCACUGGCAUGAACUUUAAUCUAGCAGUGCUCUCCAUCCCUAAAAUUCUGCAGGAUCUCCCCGUGAAACCAGCGGGCAAUGGGCUGCUGAAAUACCCUUACGAAGCAGACAUGAAGGUGACUUUGGGGUCUCACCCUCCCUGUACCAAAAGUGAAAGUGGUCAGUUCUGGUUUAAUGCUGCUCAGAAAGGGCUAUUUAUAUGCAACGGGGAUAAAUGGAUUUCCUUGCUAGAAGUUGAAGAAAGACUGGACUAUCUGGAAGAAUACCAGAGUUUAGCUACAAAUUCUGAAACCAUGGGCAUUGAGGUCUUUGUCAUCCCUGACGUGGGACUCUUUGCAGCUACUGCUAAUCGGUACACUCCUCCAGGGUCAGCCAUCUACAAAUGGACGGAUGAGAAAUUUGUGGCAUACCAAAAUAUCCCCACUUACCAAGCCCAGUCCUGGAAAUUCUUUACUAUCGGAAAAAAGAUUUUCCUUGCAGUGGCAAAUUUUGAAGCAAAUGAAAGGGGUCAAGAGUUUUCUGUGAUUUACAAGUGGAACUACAGAAAGGAGAAAUUCACUGUGUACCAGAGGAUCAACACAUACAGUGCUCGAGACUGGGAGGCAUUCGUCAUUGAUGGAGAGGCCUUCCUCGCAGUGGCUAAUCAUAGAAAAGGGAAUAACCACAAUAUAGACAGUGUCAUAUACAGGUGGAACGCCAGGACAGGCCUUUUUGAAACCAACCAGACCAUUCCUACCUCGGGAGCCUACGACUGGGAAUUUUUCAGCAUUGGGCCUUAUUCCUUCCUCGUGGUGGCCAACACAUUUAAUGGAACAUCCACCACAAUCAACUCUCACAUCUACAUUUGGCUCAGUGGAGCCUUCCAGCUCUUCCAGUCAAUAUUGACUUUUGGUGCUGCUGACUGGGAAGUCUUCCAGAUCCAAGACAGGGUCUUCCUUGCUCUGGCAAACAGCUAUGACAGUACAAUUGUUGCCCCAAACAACAGCUUUGCCAUCAAUUCUUCCAUCUAUGAGCUUAACAUUACUGCACAGAUGUUUGUCAAGUUCCAGGACAUUCUUACCUACAGUGCUGUGGAUUGGGAGUUCUUUUCAGUUGGAGAAGAUAACUUUUUGGUGGUAGCAAAUUCAUUUGAUGGUGUGACCUUUGCUGUAAACAGCAUUAUUUACAGAUGGCAAGGAUAUGAAGGCUUUGUAGCUGUUCACCAUCUUCCAACGUUUGGCUGUAGGGACUGGGAAGCUUUCACCACUGCAGCUGGCUCUUACCUCAUGUAUUCAAGUGCAAAAGAACCACUAUCCAGGGUGCUGAAGCUGAAAACCUUUUGAUCUGGACAGGGGUGCUUUGAUUUGCUGCAAACAAGUGGGCAAGUCUGGACUUGUGAGGAACUACUUUGGCUACUCAGGGCUAGGAUCAGGAAUGCUGUACCAAAGAGUCACUGCCAUGAAUGCCAGAGAUGCCAAAGGAUAGAUACCCAGGUUGCCUCUCUGGAUUAGGCUGAGUAUAAGGCUGCUCAGGAUUAGAUUUCAAACCUGUUUUCCAUUACCUGGAAUGAGCUAAGAAUAUACAUAACUUGGAGCUGGCCAGUGAUAUUAGUGAGUACAGUAACCUUGAUUUCUCUCUCUCUCAGACAUACCACACCAUCCAUGCAAGACAAACACAUGCCCACUUCUGAACAUCUUCCAGGAGCUGCUAAUAUAAUCCACAAUCCUGUGGGCAACAGAAACUAGAAGAUGCCUUUAGCACAUUAUGGGCUACUGACCCCCAAUUUAGCAAUAUGGAACAAGUAUAAGCAUUUGGGUUCACUCCUUCCAGAUUCCAGAUGAAUGCUUCCACUGCCAUGUCACUUUAUGGGAAGAGCUUCAGUGUGCACCAUUUUGGCAUAUUCCAACCCACUGCGAGCCCCUGUGGAUAUUGCUGGAUCCCUGAGAAAGAUCCCAGAAGAACGGAAAGAAGAUUCCUUAGGAUAUGGAUACGCUAUAUGUAGCUUGAGAGCUUUGUGCUACAGCAAAGACCCAUCUGUUGUUUUUUCAAAGCUAUUAAACCAUUUCAGACAUUUAUUUAUGGCUCUGGAUUUUAGGAGUUCAAGGGAAAAUAUCUGGGCCUUGCUGAGAAAAUGAAGCCCAAUUAUUCCCUUAAUACAAAGUACUGCAGUCCACACCAGAGAAGAUGCACAACCCAUACUGGCUUGGGACGUCGUCAUGCCAACAGUUGCACAGACCAGUGGGCUAUGGUGAAAGCCCUGGCCUUACAAAGUGAUCUGUACAUUAGUCUUCCACAUUUUCAGCAUAACUACAAGGAACGGAAAGUCAGAUGUAUUCUUGUUAUGUUUAGGCUUUAUGGAUUUCACAAAAUGGUGCUUACUGACAUUUGGAAAGCCAUUAGUACCUUGUCAUGUGGAUCUGUGACACUUCUCUAGUAAGCUCUACCCCAUUUUCAUUGGUGCUUUCUCAGUCUUUGCUUACAUGUUAGCCUGUGAAUAAUCCCCCACAAUAUAACUAAUACUUGUUAUUGCAAAGGAUUUCAAAUCAUUCUCUAUAAAUGAUAUGUUUAUAUUGUAUGAAUUGCUACUAUUGACAAUAGCAGUUCUUAUAGGGAGGUGGUAUUAUUAUUUAUUAUCCAAAGAAUAUUUGCAAUUUUGAAAGUAGCACCUAAUAAAAUUGAUGGAGUGACUUUGAUAACCUCAGGG